ACACAUCCGUCCAAGCGCGCCAGCGGCUCGCGCAGGCCGUUCAGCAGCUCUCUCGCACGGCAUGGGCCUGCUCACCAUCAUCCGCAAGGCGCGGCUCAAGGAGCGACAAGUCCGGGUCCUCCUCCUCGGUCUGGACAACGCGGGCAAGACGACCAUCUGCAAGGCGAUCCUGGGCGAGGACGUCGACGAGGUGAGCCCGACCUUGGGCUUCAACAUCCGCACCAUCUUGCACCAGGGCUACAGCCUCAACGUCUGGGACAUCGGCGGCCAGACCUCGCUGCGGCCGUACUGGCGCAACUACUUUGAGCAGACCGACGCCGUCAUCUGGGUCGUCGACUCGUCCGACCGGGCCCGCAUGGGCGACUGCAGGCGCGAGCUCCACGAGCUUCUACUCGAGGAGCGUCUGAUGGGUGCGAGUCUGCUCGUGUUCGCCAACAAGCAGGACAUCGCGAGCGCCAUGACGACGGACGAGAUCUCGACUGCACUCGACCUCGACGCCUUGACCUCGUCCCACCGGUGGUCCAUACAGCCGUGCUCGGCGCGGUUCGCCAUGGUCACCCGCCCGACCUCUCCUUCCUUCUCGCCCACCACGGCCACCUCGCCCCCAACAGCGCCCACGUCCACCUCUUCCUCCGUCACACGUCCUCCAGCAGCGCCCCGCAAGGCGGCGGACCCGCGCAUCAUGCUCGGGCUGGACUGGGUCGUCGGCGAGGUCGGCUCGCGGGUCUACUACGGCUCGCAGAACGAGGUGCAGCCGGCCGCGCUCGCCCUUGCCCCGCCAAGGUGACCUCGGGCUCGUCACGAUACCCCUCGGAGGAGCCAGAUACCCGCUCGUAGCCAUUCCCUUGCACUCUCCUGCAUCGCACCUUCUUCGCGCUCUC